GAGCACAUAAAAAAGCAUUAAAAGUCCAAAAAUGUAACAGAAUUCUCAAACAAACUUGAAGAACAUCUAUACAUGACACGAUCAUUUAACUGCCGUCUAUUCAACCAAUAUCACUGAAAGCUCGUGACAGAGAAUCUAGCUCUGUGCUCGGGGGAGCAGAAUGCAGACAGAUGAGAUGAGAGGCCCUUAAAGGCGUUUGACAGCGUGCUUCCCUUUAAGAGCCAGUUAUGCGUCACCUGACCAGGUCUACCGACCACCGACGAGGCAGGACCGUAACCCGCAUUACCAGAAAAAUAAGCAAGUACAAUAUCCAGGAUCUGCACAAUAUAGCAGUGAAACGUGAAAAUAUACUUGUCUUCAAAGUAAACUCCUGCCCUUGAAAAGGCUUGAACGAGACACAUCAUCAUCAUCAUCCGACCGGACGGGAAGGACACACGGGCUGCGACCGAAUAUUAACGAGGCUCCGGAAUCCCGAGCAGGUUUAUAGUGAAGGGUUAAUCAACCGAGCGUUUGCAACUCGUUUUUAUUCGUUUAUUUAAUUAACUUCGUCACUAAAAUAACCAAUUCAACGCAAAACUCUCUGUCUUUUCGGUUAGAUGGGGUUUUUCAUACAUAUGAUAAUCAAAGGUGAAGGUUUAACGUAUUAAUUUGAUUAUUUAUUUCCCACUAGAGCCAGAAAAUAUCUCGUCAUAGGGCGUUACGUAAUAGAGGCAUUAUCCAGGGUGCUGAAACCAACCCAUGCUAGGCGCCUACGAGGGAAUUUUUUUAAGCAUUCAAUUGAAAGUAUAUAUAUAUAUUGUGUGCUUUUAAAUACGCAAUUUCAGCCGCUCUGGUUGGAAACCGAAACGAGGUAUUGACAUUGUCAGUUUCUCGAGAGCCACUUUGGAUUCCGUUUCUUUUUUUGUCGGCGAAUAUCAUAUGCAUUUCGGCUGUCCUUCCCCCUGAAGUUGAUUCUCGAGGUGGUUGUCAACGCUACCGGGAGAAAAUGUCGGGACAGACACUGACGGAUCGCAUCGCCGCGGCGCAGUACCAGCUCACCGGAUCCGAUGUGGCUCGUGCCGUUUGCAAAGCCACCACGCACGAGGUGAUGGCGCCCAAGAAGAAGCACCUGGAGUAUCUGAUCUCAACCACCAAUGAGACAAACGUGAACAUCCCUCAGAUGGCUGACACACUAUUUGAAAGAUCCACUAAUGCCAGCUGGGUGGUCGUGUUCAAAGCUCUGACCACGACCCACCACAUAUGCAUCUACGGCAAUGAGAGAUUCAUCCAGUAUUUGGCCUCAAGGACUUCCCUGUUCAAUCUCAGCAACUUUAUUGACAAAACAGGCUCCCAUGGCUAUGACAUGUCUACAUUCAUCAGACGAUAUGCACGGUACUUGAAUGAGAAGGCAUAUGCUUACCGUGCGAUGGCCUUCGACUUCAUUCGAGUUAAGAAGGGAGCUGAUGGUGUGAUGAGGACUAUGGCUCCUGACAAGCUUUUGAAGGCCAUGCCUGCCCUUCAGACUCAAGUGGACACACUGCUGGAGUUUGAUGUUCAUCCUAAAGACUUGAACAAUAGCAUCAUAAAUGCAGCAUUCCUGCUUCUCUUUAAGGAUCUGAUAAAGCUCUUCGCCUCCUACAAUGACGGCAUCAUCAAUUUAUUAGAGAAAUACUUCAAAAUGAAGAAGUCUGAGUGCAAGGAUUCUCUGGAAAUGUAUAAGAAAUUUCUGACCCGGGUGACCAAAAUCGCAGAGUUCAUGAAAAUCGCUGAGCAAAUAGGAGUGGAUAAGAAUGACAUUCCCGACAUCUCCUAUGCUCCCAGCAGUAUUCUGGAAUCUCUGGAGGCACAUAUGAACAGUCUAGAGGGCAAGAAAGGGGAAGGGUCACCCACAAAGGAAUCACCUACCAAUAAUGUGUCUCCAACCUCUACUCCUGCCAAAUCAGCCGCUGCCGUCCCCACUUUGGAGCCCCCACGCACUGAGGCCGCGCCUGUCGCCGAAACUGCUACUGAUUCUCUGCUGGAUCUGGACCCGUUGUCUUCCUCUGGACCUUCUACAGGAGGAGCAUCAGCUGCUCCCACAUCUUGGGGAGAUCUGCUGGGCUCAGAAAUAGGCUCCCUUACUACAGAGACUCUCCUUCCUGACCCAACCCCUGCCAUAGACUCCAACUCCUCAGCCACGCCCACCACCACAGCCGCUGAGGCAGCUGUUUCUUUGGCUCCUCCUCCUUCCGCUGCCGGUGCUUCCUCCGGCUCAGCGGAUCUCUUCGGAGAUGUGUUUGCGGCCCCUGCGGCUGAAACAGCUGCUGCUGCUGAGGGUGGGGCCGCAGCAACCACGCCCACCCCUGCUGCUGACAGCACUGCACCAACCGAAUCUGCGGGCGCUGGAGAGGCCAAACCAGCCGCAGCAGCUGCAGGAGGAGAUCUGAUGUCGGCUUUCGAUGGAUUGGGUGAUGUGCUCAUGCCAGCUAUGGCUCCGCAGGCAGCAGGGGCCACCUCACCGAUCAAACCCAUGGGAGGAAACCUGGACUCAGCUAUGGCCAACAUGGCCAGCAAUUUGGCAGUGGGGAACCAGAAACCGGGUGAAGCAGCUGGAGGGGCGAACUGGCAAGCGCAGGUACCGACCCCUAGCUGGGGCGUUGCCAUGCCUGGUGCAGGAGCUGCUCCCAUGAUGCCUGGCUCACCAAUGAUGGCCACGCAGCAACCAAUGAUGAGGCCACAGUUUCCCGCAGCAGGAGCCCCUGGACAACCGAUCUCUCCAGGAAUAGCCCAGAGUCCCAGGAAGCCUCCCCCUCCUAAAGACCCUCUCGCUGACCUCAAUAUCAAAGACUUCAUGUAGACGAACAGCUGGUUUGUCACACUUAUUGUGCAGACCUGAUGAAUCAGACGUGUGUAUUCUUUCUUCCAUUCAUCACAAUGAGGGCAUCCAGUCCCUCCUUUUCUCUCUUUCCCUUCCCUGUCUGUUGUUGUAGCACAAACCGUGAAUGUGAAUAAGUACAUGUGUGUGUGUGUUUGUAUUUCAAUGUUCUCAGUUACUUCAGAUCUAUAUAUUUAAAAAAAAAAAAUUAAACAGGAGGAGAAUGACAGAUGCAUUCUUGAAUGUGCAUCUGCAUGUCUCUUGAGGAUAGAUGUGCAUUCAUUUUUCCUGGCUCGCUUUCCGUGGGAAAUCAAAUCAAAAGUGUGACGUUUUAUGUGGAAAAUGUUUUUUUGCUGUGGUGAAUAUCACUGGGCCGGUCUGUGUCAUCAUCAGUGGAGUAUUAGUCAUCUUUUGACCAUGGAAUAACUUCUGUGGGAACAAUAUCAACGUAUUACGAGUUAAGAUAGUGUCUCACGUACUGUUUGUUUUUAUCAAUGCCCUGAUUUUAUUCUUUUUCGUAUCUAUCGAUUGUGAGUUACAUGCAACAUGUGACUAUUUUAUGAAAAUACAUAUGCAUUUUAAAGAAUUUUAAAAGGCAGAUUGUUUUGAAUAUCCUUAGUCUUUAUUUUGAGAUAAAAAGUUUGAAUAUAUUUUAGUUAUGUCAGAAGUUUACUUUGCAUACUACAUGGCUAGUUAGUAAUCCCAUUAGUACAAAUGUCUGUCCAUCACAAGGCACUGAGCCGAUCAAGUCCUGCUAGUAUGUACAAUAUAAUAUCUCAGCAUGUAAUCCCUCUGUUGAGCAAAGGGGAUGCCAUUGAGCCAGAUCAGAUUCUAUCAGCAGCAAGUUCACCAACAUCUUAAUCAUCAAAUCAGUCUUAAAAGAAUAGUUCAACCAAAAAUUAAAAUUUGCUUAAAAUGUACUCACCCUCAGGCCAUCCAAGAUGUAGUUGAGUUUUGUUCCUUCAUUAGAACAGAAAUGUAUCACAUCACUGUCUCACCAAUGGAUCCUGUGCAGUGAAUGGGUGCCGUCAGAAUGAGAGUCCAAACAGCUGAUAAA